AUGGAAAUUCUAUAUGUACAAAAAAUAUUUCGAAAACAAACUAACCAAAUUAUUUUUGAGUUAUAAAAAUUAUGUAAUUAAUUCUAAAUUAAUACAAGCAUUUAAGAAAAAUAUUAAAGUUCUUAAUUUUAUUUUUUAAGAAAAUUUUUAAGGAUUUUAACCUUUAGGAUUAAAAAUAAAAAAUUACUUUAAGGUCUCACUCAAUAUAAUUAAUUGCUCACUUGUUAUUCUCAGGGCUCAGUCAUCAAUAGAUUUGUUAGUAAUUAAUUGUGUUGAGUGAGACUUAUAUGUAAUUCUCCUUUUAAAAAAUUAAUUGAUCAAGUUAUAAGGACUCACUUAAAAUAAAAUUAAAUACAAGGGCCUAAAUCAAAAUUGAUUGAAAUUGUAAGGAUUUACAGGUAUAUUUUCUCACCCUUUUAAUAUUCGUCCCCGCUAGUUUUAUAAUGUUGAACACCCUUAACUCAUUUUCAAUAAUAUUUUUUAUAAUUUUGCAUUCUAAAUAAUGUAUGCCUUUGCUGUUCUAAGUCCCAUGUUCACCAUAGCACCUAUUCUCUCCGUUAAGGCAUUUUUAAUUUUUUAAUGUAUAAUUAUUGCUUUUUUUUAAAGUACCCAUAUUAAUAAUAACUUUAUAUUUAUUGUAAAGUGUUUAAUAGGAGUAAAUAUAAAAAGAUAAGGUUAGUUAAAAAGUAAGUAACUAUUUUAUUGGAGUUGAGAUUUGAUUAAAAAUAUCUUAUAUUUUUUAAUGGAGGGAGUAACUAACAGUCAAUCAAUUAUAACUAGCACAUGUCCGUAGGUUCGAAAGGAAAAUACAAAAGUAAUUACUACAAAUUGGCCAUCAAGAAGUUCUUCCUAUUAUUAGUAGGAUUGGAUGAACCCAUGAUCUUGUGAGUUUGGAAUUUUGGGCUAAAUCCUUAAAUUUUAUAAUUAGCCAGUGGAGCGUGUAUUUGAAAAUAAGUUGAUUUUGAUUGAAACAUAAUUUUAACUAAAUCAAUACUAUAAUAAUUUUGUCUCAGAAAUUAUGAAGUUAUGAGUUAUUAAGUCAAACCUCUCAUUUCAUAUUUAACAACUGAUUCAAACACAUAUGGUUAUAAGUAAAAUUUUAGAUUGAUGUAAUGAACCCGAAAAAAAAAAAAAACCGCUUGAGUCUUUUUACUUAUUAUCAUGUCUUAUGCUACCCAUGUAGAUAAUUAGACAUUGACUAUUUGACUUGCAUGCUCCUUAGUUAUAACUAAAUCAAUUUUAAGACAGAGGUGUUUGUCCAGUUAAUUAAAGUAAAAAAAUAUUUAAUAAGUCUGGUUAGCUAGAGAAAUCAAAUUUUAUAUAUCUUCUGAUUUCUUAAUCACUUUCCGGUCUCUCCUAGAAGCAGGACUUCUAGAUUAAAAUCUUACAUGUUCUUGGCCUGGCCAGCCGUUACAAUAUUAUCAUAUUAAUUAUUUUCCUUAUUUUACAGACGUCAUUGAUAAAACUCAAAGAAAAAAAAAAUCGGUUAAUACUUAAUACCAUCAUCUAUUAAUAAAAUUAAGGAAAAAUAUAAUUUUGGUUUUCUGCAAGUUACUCAAAUUUUGCCAUAUGUUUUUACACUUUUUUUUUUUGAUAUUCUAGGUUUAUAUAUUUUUGUUUCUUAGUGUUUUAAAUUUUUUUCAUGAGCAAUGUUACAGGACCUAGCUAGAACACUAAAAAAUAAAAAUAUAGAGAACUAAAAUAAUAAAAAAAUAUAAAAAUUUAUAACAAAACUCAACAAAGUACAUAAAUUCAAAAUUAUGUUUUUUCUAAAAUUAAUCUUGAAAUGCUAGAGCUACUUUUUACAAGGCAUAUGCUUCUCCCCCCUCCCAAGAAAACGAACCCAUUUAUUAAUAACAAAAUAGUACACGCAUAAAUAGUCGAAGCAAAAAGAAAUACUCCAAAAAAACUUAUACACAACCUACCACACAAAACUCACCGAAAAAGAAAAAACAAAACAAAACAAAACAGCAAAAAUACAAACCAGAAAAAAUUAACAGGUUCUGAGUCUGUCAUCACAAGAACAAUAAAAAAGAAGGCCCGCGCUUCUGACGAGGUUUAUAGUUGAAGCAGUGGCUCUAUUAUCAAAAAAUUUGACUCUACAUCCAAAAUGUUUUAUGCUUCAUAUAUUAUUUAAUCUAUAAGAUAACGUAUGUCAAAUUUAAAAAAAUAAGAAACCUUAAUUAAUUAUUGCUAAUUUGCUUAGAAAAUUUUUUUGACCGGAUAAAGCUCCAAGUUGAAGCAGCCAGCAACGUGCACAUAUAUAGUAAAGAAUACGCAACUAUUAAAGAAAGAAAUGAUGCUGUACCGCGCAUGCAUGUAGGGAUUAAAAUAUUAAUCACGUGAGUUUAGUGCUCAUGACUCAAAAAAAAUGAUUAUUAACGUUUAGAUGUGAAAAAAUAUUUUAAAUAAUUGAGCAGUUAAAAUAUUGACAAAUGGAUGGCCAAGAUAAGCUACUAUAUAUAUUAGUCUUAUGAUGAAGUGAAGAAGUCAUGUACACAUAGAGAGAAAGAAAGGAACGAGGAAGGAGAAAUGAAUUUAGGGAAAGAGAUGAGUGUCAUAUUGGUCAUUUUGGGUGUCCUUCUUUGUAAGGCUCAAGGCGCUGUUCAUCACCAUGACUUCGUUCUGCAAGAGAAGAACUUCACGAAGCUGUGCAGCACGAAGAGCAUCUUGACGGUGAAUGGUAGCUUUCCAGGGCCUACCAUCACUGCUCACAAAGGAGAUAUCGUUUUUGUCACUGUCCACAAUCAUGGAACUUACGGUGUUACCAUCCACUGGCAUGGGGUGAGGCAACCAAACGAUCCAUGGUCAGACGGACCUGAGAACAUAACACAGUGCCCUAUUCCUCCAGGAACAAACUUCACCCAGAGAAUCAAUUUAGCAUACGAAGAAGGUACACUUUGGUGGCACGCUCACAGUGACUGGACUCGUGCCACUGUUCAUGGAGCCAUUGUCAUCCAUCCUCCUCACGGCUCUUCUUAUCCUUUCACCGAGCCCUAUGGCCAAGAAACCCUCAUCAUUGGGGAGUGGUACAAGGGAGAUGUGAUGACAAUCAUAGACGACGCUUUGGCCACUGGCGGAGAACCAAACACUUCUGACGCUUUCACCAUUAAUGGCCAACCUGGAGACUUGUAUGCUUGUUCUAACGGGACGACACACCGAUUUUCAGUGGUGCAAGGAAAAACCUAUCUCCUUCGCAUAAUCAACGCCGCCAUGAACGAAGCCCAUUACUUCGGAAUCACAAACCACUCACUCACAGUCGUAGGCAUAGACGCAGCCUACGUCAAGCCCUUCACCACCCCUUACCUCGUGAUCACCCCAGGCCAAACCAUGGACGUUCUGCUCCAGGCUAACCAGACACCAGGUCUCUACUACAUCGUCGCCUCGUCCUUCCAAGACGGCUCAUCUCCAUAUGAUAACACCACAACCACAGCCAUUUUGCAGUACAGUGGAAGCUCCAAUGCUUCUCAGCAUCCUCCAAUGGCGUUCCCAGAUUUUCCUGAACAUAAUGAUUCUACUGCUCCUUUUAACUUCACCAACAGGUUGAGGGGUUUGGGGAGCGAGAGUCACCCCAUUGAGGUUCCAAAGACAGUGAACAGGAUGAUUUAUAUGACGGUCGCUGUGAAUGUUCUUGCAUGCAAUGCUAGUACUUGUGACAGCACCACCAAGCUUGCGGCUAGUUUGAACAACGUGUCGUUUCAGACCCCGAGUAUUGAUAUAUUGGACGCUUACUACUGGAACAAGACAGGAGUUUUCACUAAAGAUUUCCCGAAAGAGCCUCCAAACUAUAUCAACUUCACAGAUCCUGACAACAACGCAUUUACGACCACGGGAACGAGGGUGAUAAUGCUGAACUACAAUGACUCUGUAGAGGUAGUGUGGCAAGGAACGAAUAAUUCAUUGAAUACUGCCGAGAAUCACCCAAUGCAUCUCCAUGGAUUCAGCUAUUAUGUUGUGGGACAAGGCUGGGGAGUUUUCAACAAUAAGACCGAUCCUGAAUCCUAUAACCUCGUUGAUCCUCCAGAAGUUAACACUGUUAGUCUUCCCAUGAAUGGUUGGCUUGCUAUGAGAUUUGUCGCCAACAAUCCCGGGGUAUGGUUUAUGCAUUGUCAUUUUGAGAGGCACAGUAGCUGGGGAAUGGACACUGUGCUGAUUGUGAAGGAUGGAAAAACCAACGAAACAAGGAUGCUUCCACCUCCUAAGUACAUGCCUCCUUGUUCCAAAUGAAGACGUUGCAUCAUUCUACAUCAAUCGUUCUUUGAGUCAUUGGUAUAAUUAUCUAGAAAUUGAAUAACCCUGUGUUUGAUCUCAGGCAAAGAAGAGAAUCCUGAGAAAUUUGAUUCCGUUUGGUUGUUUGAGCAAUAAUGUGUGAUACUAGAAAUGGUUCGUGUUCAUGUUGUUUACUUUGGUUUGGAACUCCUCACAUCAUAAUUUGGUCUUUUAUUCAGUA